AUGACUACAGCUAUGAAUACAUCUGACUCCAACCAACCGCGCCCGGGGAUCCCGGCCUUGUUCACGCAGCCGCCGCCCAUCCGUGACCCGCUCAUCACUGAGACCAUCGAUCUGCAGAACGCGACCCUGGAAAAAUGCCUACCAUUUCUGAAAGGCAUCCACAGCAGCCAGAAAGAUUUCAACGACCAUGGCGUGCCUGCCCUGCAACGUGAUCUCCACACUAUCUUCCUCUAUGACGCCCUCGAGGAUUAUCCCGAGGGGUUCGUCGCGAUGGAUGCCAGCCGCCCGUGGAUUGUGUACUGGGCGUUGGCGGGACUUGCCAUGCUGGGAGAAGAGACGACUCGAUUUCGCGAACGUGUGAUCACUACGCUUCGGCCGAUGCAGAACCCCACAGGUGGCUUUGGCGGCGGCCACGGCCAGACAUCCCAUCUGGCCGGCAGUUAUGCAGCCGUACUGUCGCUGGCUAUGGUUGGAGGCGAGGAGGCCUUUGGAUUGGUGGAUCGACACGCGAUGUGGCAAUGGAUUGGAAGAUUGAAGCAGCCCGAUGGGGGAUUCCGUGUUUGCGAGGGCGGGGAGGAAGAUGUGCGUGGCGCAUACUGCGCUAUGACUCUUAUCUCGCUACUUGACCUGCCGCUGACGCUUGCUCCCGGCUCUCAAGCGCGGGAGGCGGGAUUGGAGAGUCUGACGAGUGGUCUUCCUGAAUAUCUCUCACGAUGUCAAACGUUUGAAGGAGGUAUCUCCGGUAGCCCUGGGUCGGAGGCCCAUGGGGCAUACGCAUUUUGCGCCCUGGCAUGUCUGUCUAUCUUGGGACCUCCCGAGGAGAUCUUCAACAGACACAUGGACAUUCCUAUGUUAGUGUCGUGGUUGUCCGCACGCCAGUCCGCUCCAGAAGGUGGUCUUUCCGGACGAACAAAUAAGCUGGUGGAUGGAUGCUACAGCCAUUGGGUUGGUGGAUGCUGGCCAUUGCUUGAAUCUUCUCUGGAAGGAAAGCCGGAUAACACCGAGCCACCAGCCAACAGUCUUUUCAGUCGUGAAGGUCUAACCCGAUACAUCCUUGGAUGUUGUCAAGGGAACGACGGUGGUCUUCGUGACAAACCGGGCAAGCACGUCGAUUCAUACCACACCUGCUACGUUAUGGCAGGAUUGAGCGCGACUCAAAACCAUCAUUACCGGACAGACUCGAGUGUCGCAAGCAACAACUUCUCAUCCUCAUUUUCCUGGAAGUCUUCACCGAGCCGCGAUCAGGCCAAUGUGUUUUCAAGGGGUGAUCGGCUAGAGCCAAUGCACCCUUUGUAUGUGAUCCCACACAAAGCCGCGGAGCAAAUGCGGCUCUGGUCCGAAGCCCAGCCCCUCACUAUCUAA